AGCACCAGUUCUGAGUGACGCGGAAUGGGGAGCGUCACGACUUCCAUUCCCUUAACACGAUUGCGUUGGUGAUCUUUUGGGCUGAAAAUAUUGAAUUAAAAUCCAAAUUGAGCGCUGGUAAAGGUGAUUUGUUUUCAGACUUGUGUGCUAGUUUAAAAUAAUGCCGCGGCCAACGAGGGAGAGCUAUGGUGACCAGAAGCCACCUUAUUCAUACAUUUCACUCACUGCAAUGGCCAUCUGGAACAGUCCUGAAAAGAUGUGCACACUCGCUGACAUUUAUAAGUUUAUUACGGACAGCUUUCCGUACUACCGCAAGAACACCCAGCGCUGGCAGAACUCGCUGCGACACAACUUAUCCUUCAACGAUUGUUUUAUCAAAAUUCCUCGGCGUCCCGACCGACCCGGUAAAGGUGCAUACUGGACGUUGCAUCCUUCAGCCAUGAACAUGUUUGAAAAUGGGAGCUUCCUUCGACGCAGAAAAAGAUUUCGAGUUUCGAGACCAGACAAAGAGGCUCUUGAAGUUGGUCUACAACAAAUCAACGGACAGCUUAACUGUGGACAACUCCGAUCUGAAGAACAAGAGAGAUUCGUGAGUGAAUCAUCCCUCUCUCCCCUCAAACUUAUAGACGAUAUCCCGACACCUACUGCCGCUUUGAGCAGCUCUAUGCAUUUGCCCCAUCUUGCGUCUCCCUAUCACCUGGGAGCCUUGCCAUCCCCUAUCUUCUACCCUCCACCUUUUGCAAGUUUGGCUGCAGCGGCCGCAGCCUGGGGCGCCGCUCCGAUUUUGGCUGCUUCUUUGCCGUACAGAGUCCCAAAUUUUACACCAUCAGCCCCGUCAAUGAUUUUGCCACCUCCCACGUCACUGAGCAGCGCUUCUCUCUCUCUUCUCCACUUCCGUGCUUCAGGGCUGCAGGGUUUACCCUUGCCUCAUCUUGCUUCUCUGCCGCCUUCGUCAGGACCACCGACGAUGGUCUUCUCAGGAAUGAGGCCUGCUCCUGUAGUGCCAAGACCCAUCCGGCCUCUACCCCUCAAGGGCAUUCUACCCCCGCCUAGCGCCAUGGAGCCUCUUAAAGGAGUUACAUGAACAAUGAUAAGAUAUUUCAUGUUUUAUUGCUUGGUGUUGCCCAAAUAAUCCUGGAAUAAAAACCCUGUUUUAAAAGGUAGUAUUAUAGCGGUGUACAAAUUUUAGUGUAACUUGUUUCAUUCUCAGUGUUUGGACUAGUAAAACUAGGGCAUUCAAUUAAAUAGGUUGUUCUUCGUUGAGCAUACUUGAACUAGCUUCCAUUGUAUUUUGCCCGUAUCAAACUCUCGAGGAAUGUGUUUUUGUACUUAAACCUAUCAUGCCUUUAGCACCUUCACUAAGGUAUAACUUAGCGAUAUGAGUGCUUGUAUGGAGCCUCUAGUCAUAAAGUGUUGUAAUAUAUUAAAUGUUUGUGUUUUUAUUAAAGUGUAAAUCAU